AUGGGUGAAAGAGCACCAGUGUCUGCGGAAGAUACUCUAGUGCGUUAUGAUAAUCCCGUUUUGGUGACUAAGCAGCCUGAAAAACCUUCAGCACCGAGUAUCAGCACAGCUGCUCAACCAUGUGUUCCGACUGAAGCAAAACGGGAAACUGAGGAGAUAUUAAAUGCUAUUCUACCUCCCAAGGAAUGGGAGGAAGACGGUCAGAUAUGGACUCAGAAGAUAUCCUCAACGCCAGCAACGAGGUUGGAUGUAAUCAAUUUACAAGAAAUGCUGGACACACGUUUGCAACAACGACAAGCUCGUGAAACAGGAAUAUGUCCCGUGAGGAGGCAGCUAUACACGCAAUGCUUUGAUGAGCUCAUUCGGCAGGUGACGAUAAAUUGUGGUGAAAGAGGCCUCCUCCUACUACGUGUGCGUGAUGAGGCCAGGAUUACUAUGGAGGCGUACCAGACGCUAUAUUGCAGUUCUAUCGCUUUUGGCAUGAGGAAAGCCCUGCAGUCUGAGCAAGGUAAAUCUGACCUCAUGGAUCAAGUAGCGAAACUUGAAGCAGAACGAUCGUCCCUGGAAAAGCUGUGCACUGAAUUGAAACAGAAGACUGAACAGUUGGAGAGACGAGCAGCUGAGCUUCGCGCAGCGGAAGAGAAACGUCAUCAAGAGGAACUGCUCGCGUUAAAGAAGACUAACGCUCAAUUGAAGGUGGGUUUAGACUUUGAUGUGGCUAAGUAG